CACCAUUUCUUCCCAAAUUGCUUCUGAGAGUUAGCUUUGAGUGUGUAGAACGCAGUGGUGCUGUCAUAUUGGUGUGAGGUCGCCGGAGAUAGCCACAAUCCUUGCCGGAAGUUUCGCCGGAAAAUUUCCAAAACCUCCAUUACGCUUCGAGCUUUCUGUAUAUCCUCACAUCAAAUUUCGAUUUCGCUAAAUCUGAACCAGGCCUCAACUUGUACUUUGGGAGCUCGAAUCCGAAACCGAGGUUUAGGUUGUAAAGAAAAUGCUUGAUCGAUUCGUGAGUACGAGGACGGCAUGCCAAGUCCGGAGGAUUCUCCGCAACGGAAAGCUUACCCUCAUUUGCCUCGUUCUAACUGUCGUCGUGCUACGUGGAAAUCUCGGCGCCGGUAAAUUUGGAACCCCCGAGAAGGAUCUCAAAGACAUAGCAGAUACAUUAAGCUACUACAGGAGGCGGGCCGAGCCGCGCCGCGUGCUGGAAGAUGCGGAGCAAGCAAAUGUCACCGACGGACAUAAUACUAUUGGCGCUGCUGAUCCUGGGUCAGUGGACAGCCGUAAUUACAAAGAGUUCGACCUUACUAAGGUUAUGGUUGAUGAAGAUGAUGGCGAGCCAGAUUUCCAAAGUGAUCAGAACAAGCCGUAUAGUCUGGGUCCCAAGAUUACUGAUUGGGAUGCGCAGAGAGAGGAGUGGUUGAAAUCAAAUCCGGAUUUCCCCAAUUUCUUUGGGCCUAACAAGCCUAGGGUUUUAUUAGUCACAGGUUCGUCUCCUAAGCCAUGUGAGAACCCCAUAGGAGACCACUACCUGUUAAAAUCGAUUAAGAACAAGAUCGAUUACUGCCGGGUACACGGGAUUGAGAUUUUCUACAAUAUGGCAUUGCUGGACCCGGAAAUGUCAGGUUUUUGGGCUAAGCUGCCACUCCUGAGGAAGCUUCUGAUUUCGCACCCAGAAGUUGAGCUUUUGUGGUGGAUGGACAGUGAUGCAAUGUUUACUGAUAUGGCGUUUGAGUUGCCCUGGGAGAGGUAUAAGGACUCAAAUCUCGUGCUGCACGGUUGGGGUCACGAGAUCUAUGAGAAGAAAAAUUGGAUUGGGUUGAAUACAGGUAGCUUUCUACUGAGAAAUACCCAAUGGUCAUUGGAUCUUCUUGAUGCUCUGGCUCCAAUGGGACCAAAGGGGAAGGUUAGGGACGAAGCGGGGGCAUUACUGACCAGGGAGCUCAAGGGCAGGCCUGUUUUUGAAGCAGACGAUCAGUCUGCUAUGGUGUAUCUUCUUGCGACCCAGAAGGACAAGUGGGGUGACAAAGUGUAUCUGGAGAACCUAUACUUCUUGCACGGCUAUUGGGGUAUUCUGGUCGAUAGGUUUGAGGAAAUGAUAGAUAACUACCACCCGGGUUUUGGCGAUCACAGAUGGCCAUUGGUGACUCACUUUGUGGGUUGCAAGCCAUGUUCAAAGAUUGGAGAUUAUAAGGUGGAGAGGUGCUUGAAGCAGAUGGACAGAGCAUUCAACUUCGGGGACAAUCAGAUCCUACAGAUGUAUGGGUUCGCUCAUAAGACUCUCGAAAGCCGGAGAGUUAAGAGAAUCCGAAAUGAGACUAGCACUCCACUUGAAAUCAGGGACGAGCUUGGAUUGCUCCACUCUUCAUUUAGAGCUGUCAAAGUAUAGUCUUCUUUAGAAGAGGUAAUGCUGUUUCAUUGAUUGGAUUUCAUUCGACACAUAUACACAAGUGAAGUGAUCUUUUGUUCUCUCUCUUUUUUUCUUCUCUGUACCAUUAUUACAUUAUGCUCUGAACUACGGUUUGCCUAUAGAGCUGUGCUUGCUGUAUUCAUUCAUCUUAAUGUUUGUGUGUUAUACAUAAGUCUUGUAUUUGUAUCAUUUUCACCUAGCAGUGGUUAAA